AGCUGUCAGCGGAUCUACUGUAAAUAUCAUGGCCUCAUCAAGCGCCAAAACACAGACAGCAGUUCGAAGAGGAAGCUUUGAUUUUGACUCUCCAAAUAUGUCUAUGAGACUGGUGUUGGUGGGAAUGACUGGAGCAGGGAAAAGCUCUUCUGCAAACACAGUCCUGGGCAGGAGAGUUUUCAGAGCCGCCAGAAGUGGUUCAUCUGUGACCAAAGAGUGCUGGAAAGAGACUGAAGAAGUGGCUGGAAGAAAAAUUACUUUGGUAGAUACACCUGGUCUUUUUGACACAGCUGCUUCAGAGGAGUAUCUGAAACUGGAGAUCAGUAAGUGUUUAAACAUGACGGCACCUGGACCUCAUGCCAUCAUCCUGGUCAUUAAACUCGGUCCAUUCACUGAAGAAGAGAGACUUUCAGUGGAGAAGAUCAGAGCCAUAUUUGGAGAAGAAGCAGAUAAACAUACACUCAUCCUCUUCACACACGGUGAUGAACUGACAGACAGCAGUAUUAGAGAUUACGUCGAUGGAGCCAGUGAAAACCUGAAAGAAGCCCUGAUUCGCUGUGGAGGAAGAUAUCACCUGUUCAACAAUAAAGACAUGGAGGACCGUAAUCAGGUUCUGGAGCUGCUGGAGAAACUAGACGACAUGAUUUCUGAUAAUGGAGGAGGAUUUUACACCAGUGACUCUUACCAGGGUGUGGAGCUCUUGCUGAAAACUAAAGAAGAAGAACUGAAGAAGCUGUACGAGAAGAAACUAAAAGAGAAAGAAAGAGAACUGGAGUCCAGAUUUACUGAAGAAAAGACCAAACUAAAACAUAAAAUAGAGACACUAACAGCAUCUGAGCAGGAGAAAGAAAAGAAGAUCAGAGAGCUGGAACAGCUGAAUCAGAGGAACCAGAUUAAAAUGAUUGAGCACAAGCGUUAUUAUGAAGGAAAGCUCAGACAGGCCAGACUGGAGGCAGAACUCUCUCCUUUUAAUGACAGAAAAAUGAUGGAGAUCCUCACCAAGAUUCAAAGCCUCCAUCUUUAAUCAUUUCUGUGUAUUUGAUGAACACCUUUAUUUCCUUUUUCAAGACGUUGAUUGUGCUCAGACAUACAGUUAUAUGUAACUCUGAAAAUAAGACAUUUCUCUUUGUGCACUAAAUAGAAGGUGCCAAUAAUGUACGAAUUAGACGUUCAUGGACACUCUUCAUACAAGGUUAAAAACUAGUUCAAAUGUGGCCAUUGUGGACAUAUUUUCAACAUCAUUUAUGGUCUUAUUUAUGUAUAAUUUAUACUGUUUCUGGACCAAAUAAACACUCUCAGGAUGCAUUAAAU